GUGUCUCUAAGAGAGGGGCGUUCUUGUGUGGGGUGCCCGGGACUGGGACUGCGGUGCGAUGAGGCGGGGGAGCUCCCGUGGGAGACUGACACGUCUCUGGGGCUUGGAGGCACUGCAGAAGGGGAGGCACUGGGGAGCCCGAGCGUCUUUGUCUCCAACGAGCAGAGGUUGAGGCGGAGUCUCCCCUGGAAGGGCGGUGGAGCCGCAGAAAGCCAUAGAGGGCUGUUCAGGGAGGAUGAAUGGGAGGGUAACGCCCAGAGUUAGAAAGUUUAAAGUUGGGGAAAACAGGAUGUUGAACGGGGGCAGGGGGACCGCCGAGGAGACCCCCUUGAGUUAUGGUAGGGCUGGGCCAGAGGAGUUGCAGUAGAGGGGAAGUGUGAUGAGAUUCUGGGUGGAUCUCAGAGGAUUUCCUGCUGCAUCAAACAGCUGUGAAGGAAAGUCGGUAGUGAAGGGUGUCUUCCGUAGGUUUUGUUUUGGCCUGAAAAAUCUGAAAGAAUGGAAUUAAAGAUUUCAGCUUAAGGAGCAGGUUUCAGAAGAUCCUGCGUUGGAUUUUGGGUGACAUCACAUGGGUAGGUGGACGUAAUUUCUAAAGGUCAGGGAAGGUAAGCUGGCCUGGAGCUUUAAAUGAGUUAGAAGUUGUGUACUUGAGAAGUUGGCCUGUGGAUCAGAUUGAGAAGGAAGAAUCCUAACAUUGUUUUUUCGUAUGGGCUGAGGGAGGGGAGGGCUCAGAUUUGGAGGAAAGACCAUGGUAGGGAGGGCAUCUCUGAUACUCCCUGCAGAAGGGAGCAGAUACGGGCUAAGAGUUUGGUCUGUUUCUGUUGAAAAAGAGGCCUGGAUGGAUAAGGAGUUGCCCUGGACUACAGAGACUGAGGCAUGAGAUACUGUAGUCACUCCACCCUUCUAACUCAGCUAGCCCUGAGGGCCACUCUUUGGGGAACAAGAUAAGGCCAUGGAGCAAGUGGGUCCAAAACUGGGCAGGGCUUUCUCAUAUCCUCCACCACAGUUAAGGGCCUCCAGCAAGCUCCCUUUACUGAAUUAUAUGGCAGGCAGACCUGUUUGCUGAACGGACCAGUAACUGAUUGACUGCUCAGCCCCAUCCUGCAACUCAUUAACUUAGGGAUGUAAAAACAGGGUCCAUGGCAGUGGCAGCGAAGCAUAAGGACCCUGCACAGGAGUGUGUGGUCUUUGAGGAUGUGGCCAUAUAUUUCUCCCGGGAGGAAUGGGGGAUCCUUAAUGAUGCUCAGAGACACCUGCACAGCAAUGUGCUGUUGGAGAACGUUGCGCUUUUGUCAUCAGUAGGUUGUUGGCAUGGAGCCAAGGAUGAGGAGGUGCUUUCCAAGCAAUGUGUUUCUGUAAGAGUGUUACAGGUCACAGCUCCAAAGCCAGCUUUGUCCACCCUGAAGGCCCAGCCCUGCAAGACAUGUAGCUCACUUCUGAAGGACCUUCUGCACCUGGCUGAGCAUGACGGAACAUACCCUGAACAAGGGCUGGACACGUGUGCAGCAGAGCAUGACCUGCACCAAAAGGAGCAGGCUAGAGAGAAGCUCACCAGAAGUGAUGAGUGGAGGCCUUCAUUUGUGAACUACAGUGCUCACAGGGGAGAGAGGAAGUUCCCAUGCACACAGGGUGGCAGGGAUUUUACUGCCAGCUCAGACCUUCUCCAGCAACAUGUCUUGAACUGGGCAGAAGCUAUACAGGGAUACUCAGGAUGGGGAAACCUUUCAAGGUAAACAGAAUGAUUUCAACUCCAGCCAAGGUGGGAAAGACUUUUGCCAUCAACACAGGCUGUUUGAGGACCAGAAAACCCAUAAUGGGGAGAGGCCUUAUGAGUUCAGUGAAUGUGAGGAAUUGUUUAGGUACAACUCCAACCUUAUUAAAUAUCGGCAAAAUCAUGCUGGAGAAAGGCCUUAUGAGGGCAUUGAAUAUGGAAAGACCUUUAUUAGAAAGUCCAACCUAGGCCGGGCGCGGUGGCUCAAGCCUGUAAUCCCAGCACUUUGGGAGGCCGAGAC